AACAGACUGACAUGGCCACCGCAGCCCUUCUUUGCUCUGAAUACCUGCGAUGCCCUGUCUGCCUGGACCUGUUUCGGGAGCCAGUCACUAUUCCCUGUGGCCAUACUUUUUGUAUGGGCUGCAUCACCCAGUGCUGGUCAUUGCAGGGAGCACCGACCUCUUGUCCCCAGUGCCGCUGCUCGUUUUGCCCGGAUCCUCAACCCCGUCUCUGUAAGAACAGUAUACUUUCCCAGAUGGUGGAAGACUUCUCGAACACCCACAAAUACAGUGACAAACUUACUAUGUAUCCAGCUGGGAACACGGAGUUACCUAUAAAGAAUGAACAUCAACAUGCAACACCAGAAGUUGAUCUCAGAGAGGGCAGCGUGGACAGUGGAAGUCCAGAAUGUACCAAUCCCUGUGUAAGUAACUGCUAAUGAACCAGAUUUAAUGUAGGUCCAGCAUUAACCUGUAUUUCUUGUGUCUGUUUUAUCUAAACUAGAAUAUAGUGACGGCUAUUCAAUAGAUCUGCACGAUUAUUUACUAAAGUGAGAAUUACUAGAAACUCAAAGUUAAUUUUAAAUUUAAGGUCAAAAUAGCCUAGUCAAAAGCUGAAACCGAAAUAACUAAAUUUUUCAAGUUCACUUUAAAUUCCUGGCAAUCCUCUCUUUAUAGAAUAAUCCUGUAGGUAUUUUAGAGAACGGGCAAGGAAAUUGCAAAUUUAAGGCUAAAAUAGCUAAACUAGAUAAAUGUCUUAGUAGGUUAAUUUCAUUCAGUUCAGGUAUUUUAGGCAAAAUUUGUAAAAGUUCCUUUGUCAGUUCUCCGCAAAUUCCAGAUUAGGUUAUAAUUCUGUGAAUAUACUUCUAACACUUACAUAGAAUCCUAACUAUAAAUAAAACUGUCAGGGUUAUUCACUGAAGUAGGAAUUCAAGGUCAAAAUAGCCGAAUCGGAAAAAUGAUCUAUUCUCUAAAAUUCACUGAUUGCUUUCAGUUCUGCUACUCUGACCUUAAGUUUGAACUGACUUUGAAUUCAAUUUGAAUUCUCACUUUUGUAAAUAACCCAGUAAGAAUUAAAAUACUACAGUGGAAUUGUGUAGAACAGCCUUAUAAGUUUGUUUGUUAACGCGUAUAUUGUAGAUUAUUUUGAAAUCCUGCAAUUUAUUAUGAUUUACUUAAAUAAAGGGACACUCCAUUCUGUCUACAAAAAGAAAUAAAAAUCACUGUUUAGUAGAUAUACCCCCAAUUAAAUCAGUCAUGCUCAUAAUUAUUAUUAUUUUUAUUUUUUUUGAUUGGGGUGUAUCUAAAAAAAAACCUUGUCAGAUCGACAGACAGUUUAAUUUAUAAAAGUGCAAUUUUCUACUGAAAACUGUAUUUUUUUGGAAAAUGCAAAAAAAAAAAAAGACACACUACUUACACAUAAACCACUUCAUCAAGCGCAUGUGCUUUAGGGGCCUAUUAGGGGUCUAAGCACUUGUGUGCGUGGCAUGGCAAAUCACCAAGCUGCACCAAUGAAAUCUUUGAGAAGCAUUUGAUUGAAUCUGUCUGACUCAGAUAUUCAGCGGAACCUCUAGUGGCUGUCAGGAAGUCAAAACAUUGCUGUUUUUACAGAACAGCAAUGCUUUACAAAGCAGGUUUAACACGACAGGGGCACUGAACACAGACCAUUUCACUGAGAUGAUGUGAUAUUCUGUGUGCCUUUCGUGUUCCUUUAAGUUUCAGCUAGUAAACUGAUCUGGAUUGAAGCCUAAUCAUCCUUUUUAGAUCAAAUAAUCAGUCUCAAAAAGUAGAUUGUCCACAUAAACGGAAUACAUAGGUGUGGCGAAACCAACCUCGCCAAUGUACACUGGAGAAGCCUGGUUGCUCGCCUGCUCCCUUUAGACUAUGGCCCUGCAGUUCAGACCUGUUAUUUUCCCUGCUGAAAGGUUUAUUCAUGCCUUUCUGCCAGGGUGUUCGGUAGAUUCAAACUACCGAACAAACUACCGAACGAUGGACCACCUGGGAACUGGAGUGUGCCGUCAAUUUACCGCCCAGAAGCUGUGGUUAACUUAAUUGAUGAACGCUGGGAGGCCUUUGUUCAGUUGCCGAACACGUGGCAGCGGCCAUUUUACCUCCUGAACAGCCAGCGGUGUUCAGCGCCUAAACUAUGGAACUGAAAACGGACACUUAAUUGUGAGAACACCGCUGAGCUGCCAGCCUCCUUCCCUUCCCAUUCAAGAGCGGAACCGAAUGACUGUUCAUUCGGUAGUUUAAGUGGAUGAACAGCAUCACCCAGAUAGCUAAGCCAUGGAGCCUGUUCAUGUAACAAAAAGACUAUGUGAAGGACUUUGGCUCCAUGGCGAUUGAACUGUAUGUAUGUGAUCUGAGCGCCAUUCGGUAAUAAUGUGCGCUCAGAUCUGAGCUAUCUGGGCAUAUGUAGAACGUAUAUGUUUAUGUACUGAAUGUAACUGUAGGUAAUUUUAUGUCUUUUACUGUUUGUUUUCUGCCAUGUGGUUAAUGGAGUUUUGCCUCUGUCUUUGAAGAUAAUUGGAUUACUUCCCAAUUAUCUCCAGGGCAGAGAGGAGGGAUUGUGAUGCAUUGUGGGAUGGUUGAAAUGUGUAAGUCUGUGAUUGGUCCUUUUACCCUUUGUGUCCCAGUCUCCCAUUUGGUCCCCUAGGGGAGUGUCCACCAGGUGGGAGACCUGCAUAAAAAACGGGCAGUAAGCCCCAGUAAAUCAGUUCCUGCUUAACCCUGAAAGUGAAGUGUCGUCUCAUUAUUGGGGGAGGAUUUAUUGUAUGCUGUUCCAGUUUGACUGCUAGGAGUGUAAACCUAUUCGCAUGGUUUUUCCUAUUCGGCUGUUUCCAGUAUUCGUGUGUUUGCAGUUCGGGAGAGUGGUGACUGCAGUAGCUGUCUGUGCAUCUGAAAGGGGAAGAUCGCCUAAAUGGUUUUUAACCACUUGUGGGCAAAAUGGUCCAUUACAAUAGGCAUUUUCUAUUUAUAUUUAGGGACCAUACCAUACUUUGUGGUGUGUAAGUUACACUUAGUUAUAAGAUGUACUGACUCCUUGGGUUGUCCAUGUUUUCCCUUAACUUUUACAGGAAUACGAUGCCCCCCCAAACGAGGUGGACCAUAUUAACAGGGGGUUGGUGGCCAGCUAGAAGGAUCAACAGGUCAUCCUGGUGUGAAUGCACUCCAGGUUGUCUGUAAAUCAUCCAGGCCGGCCUACAUGAAGCAUUGUUUCAGUUCUUUCUACAGAGUCCUAGUUCCCAGAGCAUAGGACAAGUGCAUCCAAUGAGGCGCUCAUUCUAUGCUUGUUUCCUGGUGUCCCCAAAUUAGGACUGUCCUGCUAAAAUCGGGACAGUUGGUAAGCCUGUGUUUUUAACCCCUUGUAUAUAACAAAUACUGAAAGAGGGAACAAUUCCUCCCAAGUGUUCCUAUUUAGCUGGAACAGUCCCUAUUUUGGGCCUUAUUCCUUUGUCCCUCUUUUCUGUUCUAACGUCUUUCCAUAUUAGUGUCAUAUUACAGUGCCUGAUUGUAUAACAGAGUUCCACAGCAAUAAUACUCACAGUAAUGGGUCUUGAAGCUACAACAAAUGUGUUUAAAUAAGGAACAUUGUUCUUGUUCUAAAUUGCAUUUUAGUUGUAUAAAUUGUUAUUAAGAAGUCACCUAAAAUACAUUUACAACCCUAAAAUUAAAGUGUCCUGCUUUUCCCAUUUAAAAUAUAAUUAUGGAAAUUGAUGGCAGUUGCUGAGGGGAUUCUAAAUUAGGUAAUUAACAUGGAUGACACAAUCCCUGUGAAUUAUAGUGUUAAAAACAACUGUCAGGUGACACUGUCUGGAGCUGCCUGCACCAUUGGGAGAAUAGUAGGGUGAUGGCAUUGAGGAAGAAAGAACAAAGGAUACUGGCAUAAAUAGACAGGAGAAUAGAGGUGAUCAAGACUGACAUUGGCAAAGAAUAUGAAAGGGGAGACUGAUAUAGAGGGGUGGAUAGUAAAGGGCACAUAGGGUGGAAAGGAUGUGGAACUGGCAUGAAGGAAAGUGUCCUAAAAGUGCGUGGAUUCUGAAAAGGCACAUACAGAUGUGAGGAUAAUUUCGUCUGGCACGAAAGAUGGGGUACUCACACGUGCCAACGGUCCCAAUAGUCUUGCAUGUUGGGGGACUGCCCCUGUCAACUUGUGUUCCAUAAUUUGAAAUUUGCACAGCAGCUCAAAGCUUCUGGACAGAGUUCAAGACACAGGAUGGGACAGGACACUAAUGCCUCGUUUCCACUGAGUGGAACGGUUCGGGUCGGUACAGUUUGGAAGGGUUAGAAUGGUCCGGCCUAUUCAGGUGAGCGUUUCCACUGCAAGUCGGACCGCCAGGGGCCAAUGCGGGGUUUAGACCAAAUGCCUAGCAUGUCAUAGCAUGUCAUUUGUCGUGAGCAUUGAUGUUUUCCUGUCCGCCAAUCAAUGGAUUGUAUAAUGUGACGCUAGUAGCUCUGCCCUAACCAUACCAUACCAUUUCCUAUGGACCUUCAUCUGAAGGGGGACCAGGAAUGGUUCGGUUCAGUUGUAUGGGCCACUUUCAUAAUGGAAACACUCAAAAUAGCAUAUAGUACCGAACAGACCUGAACCGGUCUGCUCAGUGGAAACGAGGCAUUAGACAAUGCACAGAGCUCUUCAGCUGUACUCCGUGCAUGGUCUACCUUGGAGCGGUCUGUCAGUUAGCCUAUGUACCCACUAUAGCGGUAGCCCUUCCAACUCUGGGCUUAUUCGUCGCUUUCACAUACGGCCCAUUCCUCUGUGCACUCUGCUCUUUUGCCUGUCCACCUCAGUCCCAGAAAGUGGGCAGGCAAAAUUGGCAGGUAAUGCCUGGCUGAGACUUGGGUGUGUUUAAAAAGCUGGUUUGGUUUAAAAUUGUACAGUUGUUUACUGCAUUUGUGAUGAACAGACUGUGUUGUGAUGUACCUCUGAAAUUUAAUUUGGUAGUGUUCUCAUGUCCCUUAAAUAAAGACUUUAAAAAUAAAAAGGAAAAGCUGGUUUGGUGAUCUAAACAGAAUGUUCACUGGUAGAGUAGUGCCACAACUUUAUUAAUAGAACAGCUAGAAUGUGAAAAAAAAAAAAUCACAAAACUCCCACAAAAAACUCAUUUCUAGUGAUAUAUUUUCAAUUUAUUUAAACAUGCUAUAUACAUUUCCAAAUAUAUAAAGCUCUCAAUAUAAUAAUGCAAAAAUAAUCAAUAAAUUAGAUAUCCUGCAUUAAAUGAACAGUUGUGCAUUAUAUGACCGUUAACUGCAUUGUUCAUUGUUAGUUAUUCUUAUGUGACCUUUGACUGGCUUCUUUGUUUCGUACCCCUCAGGGCUCAUUGCCUAGACAGCGCAGGGCUGUGAGCCAGGCAUUUUGUGACAUGGUGCGAAUUCUGCAGUCCUCCGGGUUCAGACUACUCCAAUUAAUGGACCAAUCAGAGAGCGGAGUUUUGGAACAAGUAGGAAGAGAGGCAGUGGAAGAUGGACUCACUAUGGAAACAAGGCACAAUGCCCAGUUAGUACCAGAUGGGCAACAGGAACCACUAAUGUCAUUGGUGGGUAUCUCUUUCCUUAACAGUCGUAUUAAAAAACAUCACUCAGGACUAGAUCUACAUACCAAUCGUCCCUAUGUACAAUACUAGUGGCACAAUGCACAAAUGGCUCUGCUAAAAGUCUCUCUAAAACACUAACCACUAAACACAGACUGGGUUAUUUACUAAAGGGAGAAUUCAAAGUGAAGUUCAGUUUUAAGGCCGAAUAGCCGAAUUGAAAGUAUAGCUGACUUAGAGGUAUUUCCAGUUUGGUUAUUUUGACUUUCAAUUUAAAAUUUACUUUAACUUCACUUUAAAUGUUUACUUAGUAACUAACCCUGAAAUAAACAAUUGAUUCAAGACACUGUAGCGGGAUGGAACUGGUGUAGCAUGGUCCUAUCUAGAUUGCUUAACCCAUGUGUAACACUUGCAAUCAAGUCUAUGGCUUAGUGUACAUUACGGGAUAUCCAGACCGGAGUUGAGUGCCAGAGUAACAUGCCCAACAUGGACACUAAGAAACCACACAUACUGCAAUGGAUGCAAUGGUUUUUCCACUUAAGGAAGUCUACAUUUUCCAUCUGUUUUAAAAGUCUAAAUCUAGUCUGAGUCUGUUUAUCUUUGAGCCUUCUGUUUAUUCUACAUUGGAAACUAGUUAUCCACUCCAGCAGAUUACUUCUGGACGAUCUUCAACUAGGAAAAAAAAACAAAAACAAAAAAACUUAAGGAAUUAUUUCUGGAAACAUUGUUUAUGAGUGCUUUACUGUAUUUGUUUUUUUUUAGGAGUUGGAAAUGUCAAGUGAGGAAGAACAGGUUUGGGAUAGACUUCCUAUGGCUGUCUCCAAAUUUAAAGAGAGUCUGGUCAAGUUAUGUGCCGACCACAUGGGACAAAUGGCGCAGCAAGGUAAUUCAGGGACCUUCAGCCUACGUUAUGGUUGUGAAAAUGAAAGAUUUGGUUAACUAGGUUUGGGAAGACUGUAAUGUUAGCUAAGUUUUAUGUAUCAUGGACAAUACUAGAGAUAUGAUGGUAAAGGAUAUUUGAUUGAUGUCGACUCUGGGUAUUACUUGGAAAGGCAAACUUUACAAUGAAUUGUAUUAUUCAUGUGUUAUUAUUUUACUAUUACAAUGAACAUUUGGAGAGGUUUUCCAAGUGUAUAUAAUGGAGAUUAAAUCCUAAAAAGAAUAGUCUUCGAUCUUAGGUUUUACUUUACUAUACUCCUUAGUGUGGACCACACGUGCCAGCUGUCUACCACCAUCUACGGAACUGUGGAGGAGCCCCUUAAUGCCACUUAUCCCAAGGGUACGGGCUGACUUUCUUCAAUGUAAGAGAUCAUAUAUUUACAUCCUCUCUUUUUCUGUCUUUACCUUUCUAUGAAUUUUCCCACCUGCUCCAGUAUCACUCCUAUAUUUACACUAACCUGAUUGUGUGGUCAUUACACGUCUAGAUCUACAGGACAUCAGUCUGGACCCAGAAACUGCUCAUCACAAUCUAUCUCUGAUGCAAGGGAACCGCAGAGUUUUGUGCAAAUUGCAGCCUCAGGCCUAUCCCGAACACCCUGGACGCUUUGACCACUACACCCAGGUUCUGGGACGGGAGCCAUUAGGCCAAGGCCGACAUUAUUGGGAAGUCCAUCUCUCUGGAAGCCGUGUGAGCUUGGGAGUUUCAUAUCACGGGAUUUCACGUAAAGGGCACCAAAGUCAUUGCCUGGCUGGGAGAAAUUCACAUUCCUGGUGCUUAGAGUGGAGUAGCUCCCGCUGCUGUGCUUGGCAUGAUGGACAGAGAGUCUUGGUUGCAGUAGGCCAGCAAGAGAGACUUGGUGUGUUCCUAGACUGGGAUGCAGGAAGUUUGUCCUUCCAUGAGAUAUCAGACGAAAUGCCACUGCUCCACCGCUUCCGUGCAUCUUUCAUUCAGCCAGUCUAUCCCAUAUUCUUCAUUAGUUGGAACUCAGCUGUGUCCAUUGGAGUUGAACAUACAACGCAACAAUUUAUAAUGAACAAGCGCUUUCAUAGACAGCUCUCUGCAAAUUUUUAACCUGGUAAUUGGAAGUUUACAAGGGGCUACAUAUAUAAAAAAAAUAUAGUAGAUUUCCUCCUGUGAAUGUUAAAUGUCAGAUUCUACCUUAUCCUAGGACAGCUUUUAUAAUAUGUUUUACAUGGCAUUUAAAUUGUAUUAGUUUAGUUAGCUGCUCCAUCUACGUUUGGAAGAACUUUUUGUCAAUCUCAAAUUCCCUUAUUUUUUUUAAGUGAUAUUGAAGGUUACAUCUCCUUCAUGUUAGGCUUUCAGGUAUUGUAUGUAUCUUUCUAAUCCAUAAAUUGUCUUUAUUCCAGCCUGAGUGAACUCCAGUGAACUUCUUCUGAGGGACACAGAAUACGAUUUCCAUUUAAGGAUGGACUCAUCUUAGGAUGCAUUAAGGAGCUACUACUGCUACAUUCUAAUUAAAUUUAAACACACAUUAUCAACAUUACUGUACUAUGGGAUGUUGUCAAUUUAACUUAUUGAAUCCUGAGGUUCUAUCAAAAAGCAAGUGACACUACUUGACAGCAACAGCUUGGGUUCACUAAAGCUUGGUGGCUAUGCAAACAUCUCUACAAUUAUCUAUAUUUUAAAGUGUUGUUUUUAAGUGUUAGGUUAUCAUGAAGUGUCAGAAUUCCAUAUAAAUUAUUUUAAAAUAAGCGUUCUAACAUUGUUUGUGGGUAGAGGUCUCCUCAGCCAUGCAAACUGUUUUUCUCCUAUUUCAUUACCGUUACUUGUUCAAUGUCUUUUGCAAUGGAAAAAACACUGUGUUUGCAGUCUUUCCUCAAUAUUGAUUCAUGUUGACUCCUGCUUUAGUUUGGGAAAUAUCUCAGUAUGUCCGUAACGCAGCACAAUGGUCACCGCUCACACUUCACAUAUUGCCGAGCCCUUUGUCUGCGUAGCUUCACAAACAUGGCAGCCUCUUUAUCUGAGCGACGAGAGUCUAGUAAGUCAAUGAGUCGAUCUCCUGCAAGAAAUGUAAUGAAAGGAUAGGAUAAUAUAACACAAAUAUAUACAAGGACAAUGCAAACAACUAUCUUUUGAUUUGUUGGUAAAGAGACUGUUAAAAGGACCCAAGAUGCACCAUUUAGAAAUAUUAAAAACAGAUUUCACCUACAGCAAACAAAAGUAUUAGUUUCAAUAAGAACAAUAAAUAAAUGAAAAUCAUUACUUAGAUAUAUGUUUCUCCAGGCAAUAUACGCCUUUUAAAAAUUGGGCACAAUAUAUUUUUCACAUACUAGAAUUUAUAAUUAAUAAAAUGAAACUAAUGGCAACGUUUUAAUCCAGUGACAGAUUUAAUUAAUGUUUUGUUUUUUUCCAGUCAGGAAAAAUUUGAACCAUUUUGUAAAAACUUUUGAAACUUUUUGGAUGAACCUUCUGAAGAAUCUCUCAAACUUAGAUCCAUGACAAUUGCCAUUAUUCUGUUUUGUAGAGUUGUAUCUAUUUUUAAACAUCAAAAAAAUACAUAAACUUAAUAUUAACCUGUGUUUUGGGUUGUUGCCAACACUGGAACAUCACAAACAUGUACUUUGUUCUUUGAAAAUUUGCACAAACCUGUUCUGUGUGGUGUUGUCACAAGCAAGACAAAAUGACAUGAAUAAUUGACAUUUCAGAUUACUAUCACAGAGAUUAUGUCUGUCUAGUGCCAAAAUAAAUAUCCUUUUUAUAACAACACCAGCAAUCUUACAUAGGCUUAUUAAAGGAGCAUGAUAUAGUCAGGAUUACAACUCACAAUCCGCACCGGUCUCACCGUGGCUGGCUCCGCCUUUGUAGCUGAGAUAAUCAAUCCUGAUGAUCUCAGCCAAUCUAAUACUUUUCCAUAGGAGAGCAUUGGGAGACUAUUGCCCAUGCGCAGCAAAAUGCUUCACUGCAUCAAUCGGCAUCUCCUCUAUGGGGAAUGUUUGGCGCUUCCGUGAAGAAUGUGGAGAUGAUGAAAGUCAAACACAUGAAGCACCUCUAGUGGCCAUCUAAAUGAUGGCCACUAGAGAUGCAACUAGCCAGCAAUGCAAACACUACUUUUCUUUCAGGCUGUAGGGAGAGCUAUAGACUCCAGAAUCACUCUAUUAAGCUUUAGUGGUUCAGGUAAUUAUAGUGUCCCUAAGGGACAGGGAGCAAGGGAGCAAGGCAACAAAUAGAGUAAGCCUGACAUCUACAGGGCACUAUCGAAACUCCAACAUGGGAUGUAUAUGCAAUGAAUUUUAUUUAUCAAGCAGGGUUAAUUACUACAGUGAGUAUUCAAAGAAAAUGUCAAAUUUAAAGAGACACUAUAGGUACCAGAACACUUCAUCUCAUUGAAGUGGUCUGGAUGAAGUGUAGCUGUCCCCUUAACCCUGGACAGUUUCAGAGAAACUGCAAUGUUUAUAUUGCAGGGUUAAAGGACCACUAUAGGCACCCAGACCACUUAAGCUCAAUGAAGUGGUCUGGGUGCCAGGUCCAUCUAGGGUUAACCCUGCAGCUGUAAACAUAGCAGUUUCAGAGAAACUGCUAUGUUUACACUAGGGUUAAUCCAGUCUCUAGUGGCUGUCUCACUAACUACCGCUAGAGGCGCUUCCGUGUUGCUUUCCUAUGGACUGACUGAAUGCGCUCGUGGCUCAUGCCACGCAUGCUCUUUCAGUGGUUGACGUCGGAAGAGGGAGGAGAGUCCCCAGCACCGAGGGAGCCUGGUGCUUGAGAAAGGUAAGCGUUUAACCCCUUCCUCCCCCCUAGAGCCCAUCGAGAGUGGGACCCUGAGGGUGGGGGGGACCUAAAGACCCUAUAGAGCCAGAAAAACGAGUUUGUUUUCCUGUCACUAUAGUGGUCCUUUAAGACAACCCAUAGUGGCUGUAAGGCCCUUCCUGGUUCAAACACUUUAACUCCGUGACACAUAAUUCCUCAUAGGAAAGCAUUGACGGGGUUAGGUUCCCACAUCGGUGCAGCACCAAGGGACCUUGGCGCUGGAAACAGGUAAGUGCCCGCGGGGAGGGGGGCUUAACAAAUUAUAGACAGAGCAGACUAUAGCAUAAGGAACACCGUUUUGUAUUCCUAAGGCUAUAGUGUUCCUUAAAGUGUAAAAAUGUUCCUAGUCACCUAAGCUUCCAGUUCAGCUGCUGUGACCUUAAAAUUGAAAUUCACUUUAAAUACCGAACAAUUCUCACUUUAGUGAAUAACCCAAACAAAUGUUCUUUUCAAACUUACUAGGUUUUUGAAAAAGAAGUCCUAAAAG